UGGGUAUGCGAUGUUGACCAUUUACUGAUUUGUUGGUUAUAAAAGUCACAGAAAGACCAGAGAUUGACAUCAGAUCACAACAGCAGAACUCAUCGGAUCUCUUCCUGACAGUCAUCACAUUUUUCAUCCCUAUCUCUGCGGCACAACUAAGAACAUGAAGCUGCUGUCAGCUCUACUGCUCUUCCUGAUUCCUCUAUGGGCCAGCUGUGCGCCUCUUGUCCUUCCUCUGGACUGCAGUGACAUCUAUAACCAUGAUAACAGCAAACCCAGCGGAGUUUACACUAUCUAUCCUAUUGGGGCCACUUCAGCUGUCCAGGUUUUCUGCGACAUGGACUCUUUGGGAGGACGGUGGACAGCGUUCCAGAGGAGGAUGGAUGGCUCCGUGAACUUCUACAGGCCUUGGGCUCAUUACAAGGAAGGCUUUGGGAAUGCUGUUGGAGAGUACUGGCUUGGUUUGGAAAAGCUGUUCCACUUAAGUCUCAGGAAAAAGUAUGAACUGCUGGUCGACAUGGAGGAUUUUGGAGGAAAUAAGGUGUAUGCUCGUUACUCCUCUUUCUCUGUUGGUCCAGAAUCUUAUGGAUAUAUUCUGCAUGUAUCUGGAUUCAGUGAUGGAGGUGCAGGAGACUCUCUAACACAUCAUAAUGGAUUCAAAUUUUCCACCUUUGACAAGGAUCAGGAUGUUGAUGACGCAAAUUGUGCCAGAUUAUACCUCGGGGGGUUUUGGUACAAAUACUGUCAUCUGAGCAAUCCCAAUGGGGUUUAUCGCUGGGGUGCUGAUAGUACUAUCUUUGCUGUUGGAGUGGAGUGGUCCACGUGGAAAGGCAACAACUAUUCAUUGAAAGCCAUCAGCUUUAAGAUUCGUCCUGUUCAGUAAAAUGACAGCAUAAGAUUAAAUAUCACCUUAUGUUUUUACUGAAGGCCACGGGUCAGAAAAUUAAUUUCUGAGCUUCAGUCAGAAAUUAAUUUCAAUAUAAAUUUGAAUUUUCACUUCACAUGUCUUUAGCUUCUUCCACUACUCUAAAUUUAGGUUGUUACAUUAUCAGAACAUUUCCUUUCACUUUGCAGUCUUUGAUUCUUCCUAAUUUCAACCAAUCUAGACAGUUAAAUUACACCACAUUAUCCUUGGCUUUUCAGUUUUGUGCAUUUUAAUUCUUUUCUUCUUUAUUAUAUAGAUUUCUCUGUUAUCUGUUGUUGUGGAAGUUACCCAACAAUACAUUGCUUGUAUUCCUUAAAAUGUGCUAUUGGUAAAUUAAAAAUAGUAUUUCAUCUGCUGUGCUUGCACUG